ACUGAAAGUUUUGAGCCCUGCGGCGGCAGGAGUUUGGCUUGAUGGCGCUAGUAUCCUGUGUCUAGGGAGGUCUCGCCCAAGAUUCUGCACCUUAAACUCCCUCCUGAUAUGUGCAUAUCAGGGUAUCCCACUUUUCCCCCAGUUCCCCAAGAACGCGUCUCCCCUGACUAGUCCCGGAGGCGCAGUUUUGGUCUGAUAUUGCAUCCCUACCCUUGGUAUUCCCUUUCAAUCUGACGUUGUGACUUUUCCUGGGCUGUGCGUCGGUUGUCCAGUGCUGGAGAGCAAGGGCACAAGACGCCGGGGACACAGACCCUCUGCCGCGGGCUAUGAGUGAGAACCUGAGCUGGUCUGAGCAGCUCGAUGCCCUUCUCAGUGCUACUGAUGGAAAUGUGGCCAGGAUUAAGCAGCGGUUGUAUCCCCUUGGCAUUUCUGCUGCAGCAGGAGACCUGACUGGGACCUGGAUUUCCCCUCGUCAUUUGCUUCCCCAAUCAGGAGCCCAAACUCAACAGCCUUGGGCUCUAGAGACUCCUACUGUUCCAGAGAGGCUGAGUUGGGCUGAGGCCCAUAGGGCAUCUUCUCUCUGGGAUGAAGUUACUAUUCUUAGAUCCCAGCUUCGAUCCCAGGCUCAGGUGACUGAGGCACUAAGACAAGCUGUGCAUGGCCUGCUGGAAGAGCAAGAGCAGCAGAAGUACCAAAUCGGUGCCCUGGAAGCAUCACUAAGAUUACUGCAGGCGGGCCCAGAGCGGAAGGCCCUUCUUCUGGAGAAACGCCUGGACAGGCUGAGAAGGGAACUGUGGGGCAUUCGAAGUCAGGUGCAGGAACAGGCCCAAACCCAAAUACAAGCAGGACCACAGAAGUGCAGUGCUACCAGUGGCCUUCAUCAAGAGCUGCAGAAUGAGAGGCAGCUGCUGUGGGAGGAGUCAGAGGUUCUGAGGGAGGAACUGAAGUUGCUGCGGGACCAGCUGACUCAGCAUCAGGAGCUGAUGCUGAAACAGAUGGCUGAGGGGCGGCAAGCUCAGGUCCGCAGCUGGAAGAUGUUGGAGCAGUUGCAGAGUGGCCAGGAGGGCAAGGAGGCUGCCAGGACAGACGCCCAGGAUGCCCGGCGGGAGCAUGACCUCAGGACCUCCAUUCAUGUCCUCCAGUCUAAGCUACCCCUGGCUACCACGUUCGCCAUGUCUGUCUCUUCACCUAGCUCUGAAGUCAGUCGUCAGGACAGUAGUGGUAGCUGGGAACUUUUAAGGAAGCUAGAUGAGGAUCUCCAGAAGAGCACCCUUUCUAACCUGAAACCCAGCAACUUUAAGCUCCACGUCCAGAGCCUUGAGCAGAAGGACCUGUCCUUUAAUGGCCCCAAGAUACUCCUGAGUGACCUGUAAGGACUUGUAAGAGUCGUAGGAUAAAGUCUUCUUUACUCACCUUCCCUUCCAAGGCCCUGUUUUUGGGCUUAUUGCCCCUACUCUCUUGAUCUAGCUGGUAUCUGCCCUUCCUGUCACUGCCUGCCCAUCUGCCCACCAACUGCAGUAAAACGGUUUAACCUUC